AGCUCAGGCCUAUUUUAGGCCAAGGCUGGGAGGCAGCCAGGCCUUCCCUGGGCUCUCAAAGGAGCCACUGCUGCAUUUGUCCAGUCCUGCUACUGGAUGCCAUCAUUGGCCCCCGACUGCCCACUGCUUGCCAUGCCUGAGGAGACCCAAGAAGACUCCGUGGCGCCAAUGAUGCCCAGCCAGAGGAGCAGGGGACCAUUGGCCCCCAACCACGUGCAUGAGGUAUGCCUGCACCAGGUGGAGUCCAUCAGCGACCUACAUAGUGGAGCAGGCACACUGCGCCCCUAUCUAACUGAAGAGGCACGACCGUGGGAUGAGCUGCUGGGCGUUUUGCCACCGUCACUGUGUGCCCAGGCUGGCUGCAGCCCUGUGUACAGACGAGGAGGGUUCCUGCUGCUGCUCGCGCUGCUGGUGCUCACUUGCCUAGCGCUCGCACUCCUGGCUGUCUACCUGAGCGUGCUGCAGAGUGAAUCCCUGCGCAUCCUGGCACACACACUCCGCACGCAGGAGGAGACACUACUCAAACUCCGCUUGGCCAGCCUCAGCCAGCUUCGGAGGCUCAACUCCAGUGAGGCCCAAGCACCCAGCUGAGAUGCCAUUUGGAUCUGGGGCCUGGGGGUGUGUGUGUGGGGGGGGGAAUAAAGUGGCUAUGGGCAGGUCUCUCCUUCCCUACUGCUGGCUGCCACAUCUACACUAUUUCCUUGGUGAGAUUUUUGUACAAGAACCUGUUGUUAACUUAAUGGCUGCCUGCCUCUCCUGAUCUCUUCAAGCCAGGCCUAGCCAAGCCUCUGGUGCCAAAGCCUCGCUUUGGGUGGCCCAAGGUCAGGGGAAGGGGCACCAGCCUCCUGGCUCCUCCUGUGGCCUGUCAACACUCUCUGGCCACCCCAGAUGGCAGGUUCUGAAGUCUAGAAAUAGCUGCCCCCAUAGCAAUCACCCAAACUCUGCCAGGGCUCCCAGUGAGGGUCCAGCCUCAGCUCUUAAAGACAGGCUGGGCUCUGAGUAGGGGGAGAGGCGCCACCUGGGGAAGACUGCCUUGGAGGGCAAAGGUGACAUCGUGGAAGACCAGUUGGGCCCAAGCCUGGGAUAGUAGAUGGGGAGGGAGAACAGAAAAAUACCCAGGGGUUAAGACCACAGAAGGCUGACCGUUCUGUUUAAUUAUCUGUAAUAAUCCUUAAAAAUCAGCACACAAAUCCAUUCCAGGUAGCUUUGCCUCCCCACCUGCUGUGGUGGCAUUUGUCCAGAUGCCACCACCCCCCUAAGAGUGGGUCAUCCUGGGGGAGCAAGGCCUGAGAAAGGAAAGGAAGGGAAAGGCCCCCUAGUGCCUGCCCCACAGCCCUGAGGAAGGCACAUACUUAGCCUGGCCUGAGACAGGACAGGAAGGGGCCACAGGGCUGAGUGCAGGGACAAAGGGGUCAGGGUCCCAAGUGUCCGGGCCCCCAGCUACCCACCCCAUGUCUGUUUUUGGUUUUGUCAUUAAAAAAAUAAAGUGACAAAUACUGGUGGAGA